AGUGUUCAGACUGGUUCUAACUUCAAGCAGCAGAGGGAGGAGACCUGAAGUCUGAGGCUGGUGAGUGUUCAGCAACAUUUAUAUUAUUCAUUCAUGUUAUUUUACUGUCAGUGUUUUUCACUGGAUGUGAACAGCAGGUCUGGAUCAAAGAGCCUUCAAAGGACUAAUUAACAGAGUUAACUCACAGUUUCACUUUUUAUCUUCAUCUGUUCAUCAAGUGUUUAAUACCACAACGUGUUUUCACAAUCACACGUUACAGCAGUGAUCACCAACCAGUGGAGAGUCUUCACUGUGGAUCCCAGUAAAGCUCUGGACUCACUGGCUGAGGUGUGAGGAACAUCGACCUGCAGAGCCAGACUGAAGAUGAGUGGUCAUGUGAAAGAGGAGAGAGCAGAGUCUCCAGGAUCCAGCUGUGUGUCUCUGAAGAGUGACUGGUCCAAAAAUGAGCCUCCAACCUUCAGUAAAGAACCUGGACCCUCACACACAAAAGGUCAGGACCACAGACUGAGAGCAGAGUCUCCAGGGUCCAGCUGUCUGUCUCUGAAGAGUGACUGGUCCAAAAAUGAGCCUCCAACCUUCAGUAAUGAACCUGGACCCUCACACACAGAGGAGAGGAAGAGGAGUCAUGUUUCUGAGGAGGAGCAGUCGUCCUGCUGUGCUUCGUGUCAGGACGUCCUGAAGGAUCUAGUCUCCACCAGCUGUGGACACUGGUUCUGCAGACAGUGCAUCACCUCAUACUGGGACCAGUCUGGCUCUUCAGGAGACUCCUUGUGUCCCCAGUGUGGAAAAAGACCCAGAACAGGAGCUGGAGGUCAGACAGCCGCAGAUCGUGGUCUGCAGGAGGUUUCAGAUGAACAUAAGCUCAGUGUGAGGAGGAGAUGUGAACAUGUGACUGAAGGAAGUGAUGAAACAGGAAGUAGAACCCUCCUCAACAGGAUCUACACUGAGCUCUACAUCACAGAGGGACAGAGUGAAGAGGUUAAUACUCAACAUGAGGUGAGGCAGCUUGAGACGGCUUCCAAGAAGAAGAUCCUCCACGAUACUCCCAUCAAGGUCCAGGACAUCUUUAAAGCCUCCACUGACCAGCAGAGCAGCAUCAGAGUCGUCCUGACCAACGGCGUCGCUGGCGUUGGAAAAACCUUCUCGGUGCAGAAGUUCACUCUGGACUGGGCAGAGGGUUUAGAGAACCAGGAUGUGGGUCUGCUGGCUGUGCUUUCGUUCAGGGAGCUGAACCUGGUGAAGGACCAGCAGCACAGUCUUCUCACGCUGCUCCAUGUUUUCCAUCCAGCGUUACAGAAGCUCACGGCAGAGACGCUCGCUGUCUGUAAACCUUUGUUCAUCUUUGACGGCCUGGAUGAAAGCAGACCUUCUCUGGACUUCAACCACAGGGAGCUUGUGUCUGAGGUCACACAGAGGUCAUCAGUCAACGUGCUGCUGACAAACCUCAUCCGGGGGAAUCUGCUUCCCUCGGCUCUCGUCUGGAUAACCUCCAGACCUGCGGCGGCCAAUCAGAUCCCUCCUGCAUGUGUUGACAGGGUCACAGAAGUACGAGGCUUCACUGAGGCCCAGAAGGAGGAGUACUUCAGGAGGAGGUUCAGUGAUGAAGAGCUGUGCAGCAGAAUCAUCUCACACAUCAAGACGUCCAGGAGCCUCCAUAUCAUGUGUCAAAUCCCAGUCUUCUGCUGGAUCAGUGCUACAGUUCUGGAGCACAUGUUGACCACAGACCAGAGAGGAGAGCUGCCCAAGACCCUGACUGACCUGUACUCACACUUCCUGCUGGUUCAGACAAAGAGGAAGAACAACAAGUACGGUGAGGGACAUGAGACGAGUCCACAGCAGCUGACGGAGGCUGACAGGGACGUUCUCCUGAAGCUGGGGAGGCUGGCACUUAAACAUCUGGAGGAAGGAAACAUCAUGUUCUACCAAGAAGACCUGGAGCGGUGUGGUCUUAAUGUCACAGAGGCCUCGGUGUACUCAGGAGUUUGUACUGAGAUCUUCAGAAGAGAGUGUGUGAUCUUCCAGAAAUCAGUCUACUGCUUUGUUCAUCUGAGCGUUCAGGAGUUUCUGGCUGCAGUCUACAUGUUCCACUGUUACACCAAGAGGAACACAGAAGAACUCAACAACUUCUUGGGAACAUAUGGGGACACAGACAGUACCUUCUCCCUGGAUGACCUCCUGAAGAGAACCAUGAACAAAUCCCUCACCAGUACAAAUGGUCAUCUGGACCUGUUUGUUCGCUUCCUUCACGGCCUCAGUCUGGAGUCCAACCAGAGAGUCUUAGGAGGCCUGCUGGGUCGGACAGGGAACAAUCCAGAGAUCAUCCAGAGAGUCAUAAACAACCUGAAGAAGAUGAAGAGUGAUGGUAUUUCUCCUGACAGAAGCAUCAACAUCUUCCACUGUCUGACUGAGAUGAACGACCACUCAGUUCAUCAGCAGAUGAAACAGUUCCUGACGUCAGAGAACAGAUCAGAGGAGAAACUCUCUGUGAUCCACUGCUCAGCUCUGGCCUACAUGCUGCAGAUGUCAGAGGAGGUUCUGGAUGAGUUGGACCUGAAGAAGUUCAACACAUCAAAACAGGGUCGACUGAGACUGAUCCCAGCUGUGAGGAACUGCAGGAAGGCUAAGUGAGUCCAGACAUGAUCAAUCACAUGUUCAAUCAGUGGAGAU